CGGUUACCCCUGGAGCUGACAUGGGUUCACGCUGGGAAGUCGAGGAUACCGAUGCCACCACCGUCGGCUCAGAGGACGAUGAUGAUCUCGACGGGGUGCGCCCGUUGGUCUUACAGCCGACUUCGCUGUCUCUCGCUAGUAGAGACCAUACCCCCAAACCCGAAACCGUGACACCACGCCGGCCAACCACUAUCGCAAAGAUCGAGCAAUCCUCACCACUCGACCAAAAGGCCCCUGCGGUGGUGGACCUGCUCGAAACAGACACGGGUGACGAGUCAGUGAAUGAGGGGGAGGCCGCGUACCGAGAGUUCAAGAACCGAAAGGCCAUUAAACGGAAGCGCAGCACCGCCAACUUGAAAAAUAGACCGACCAAGGUGACCAGAGUCGCAACCGCAAACUCCUUCGUUGGCCGGCUCCCAUCAUCGGAUGGGAAAGCCCGCCCGAGACGGCCUCUGCGAGAUUAUGGGGAGGAGGUAUCGUCUGAGGAUGAGUUGAUGGAAUACACUCUCCCCGACUACCUGCAGAAACGCCGAUCGCAGUUCGACCGGAGGACCGAGCAUCUCAAGCAGUCGGGACUGAAACUGCCGCCGGACUAUGACAAUGUCGAAUUCUCAGAUGACGAGCGGCUGGAAUUUCUGAAGGAGAAGCCUGCUUUUGAGAACAUGACUCCAUGCAACCCAUACAAAGACAUGACGCUGCCGUACUCGUUGGGCCUGAUACCAGCCCCAAUCGCACAAUGGCUGCGCCAGUACCAGGUUGAUGGGGCUGCCUUUCUGCACGAGCUGUUUGUUUACCAAAAAGGUGGCAUCCUUGGAGAUGAUAUGGGUCUGGGGAAGACGGUGCAGGUGAUAGCAUUUCUCACUGCGGCAUACGGGAAAACUGGGGACGAGAGAGACGCGAAGCGGAUGCGAAAAGUGCGGAGAAGCGGGCGAGAUCAGUGGUACCCGCGAACGUUGAUCGUCUGUCCAGGCACUCUGCUCACGAAUUGGAUGGCCGAGCUUUCACGCUGGGGCUGGUGGCAUGUCGACACCUAUCAUGGGGACAACAAGGAACUUGCGCUUCACGCUGCGAGGUCUGGAAGACUAGAGAUCUUGAUCACCACGUACAGUACCUAUCUCCAUAAUAAAGAUGCUGUAAACAUGGUCGACUGGGACUGUGUGAUAGCGGACGAGUGCCAUAUCAUCAAGGAACGCAAGUCCGAGACGACCAAGGCCAUGAACAUGAUCAACGCGCUGUGUCGGAUUGGCUUGACCGGAACCGCCAUUCAGAACAAGUAUGAGGAAUUGUGGACACUCUUGAACUGGACGAACCCAGGGAAGCUCGGCCCAGUGACGGUCUGGAGGAAGACCAUCUCUGAGCCGCUACGGAUCGGUCAGUCGCACGACGCCACGGUCCACCAGCUGCGCAAGGCUCGGGGAACGGCAAAGAAGCUGGUCGAGAACCUCCUCCCGCAAUUCUUCCUCCGCCGGAUGAAGGCCCUGAUUGCAGACCAACUGCCCAAGAAGGUUGACCGCGUCGUCUUCUGUCCGCUGACAGACACUCAGGCCGACGCCUACGAGAACCUCCUGGGAAGCGACAUCAUCAGCUACAUUAAGCACUCCACCGACCUUUGUGACUGCGGUUCCCGCAAGAAAGCCGGCUGGUGUUGCCGCCAGUUUCUGCCAUCCGGGGGAACCUGGAGGAGCUACGUCUUCCCCGCGAUUGCGGUGCUGCAGAAACUCAGCAACCACCUUGCGAUCCUCAUCCCGCAGGGGGCUGAUUCGAACGAGAAGCAGGAGAAGGAUAAGGACAUGCUCGAACUGGCCGUGCCAGACCAAUGGGAGAAGCUCUACCGCUCGCGCGACUCGAUUGUCAACUACGCCAAUCCCGAGUUCUGCGGCAAAUGGAAGGUCCUUCGCCGUCUGUUGAAAUGGUGGCACGCCAAUGGCGACAAGGUCCUCGUCUUCAGCCACAGCGUGCGCCUGCUCAAGAUGCUCCAGAUGCUCUUCCACUACACCAGCUACAAUGUCAGUUACCUAGACGGAUCCAUGAGCUACGAGGAACGCACCAAGGUGGUGGAUGAGUUCAACUCCGACCCCCGCCAAUUCGUCUUUCUGAUCUCCACCCGUUCUGGCGGCGUCGGACUCAACAUCACCUCGGCCAACAAGGUCGUCAUUGUCGACCCCAACUGGAAUCCGUCGCAUGACCUCCAAGCGCAAGACCGCGCCUAUCGUAUCGGCCAGUCCCGCGAUGUCGAAGUUUUCCGUCUCAUCUCCGCCGGCACCAUCGAAGAGAUCGUCUAUGCCCGCCAGAUCUACAAACAACAACAGGCCAACAUCGGCUACAACGCCAGCUCCGAACGACGCUACUUUAAAGGAGUCCAAGAAAAGAAAGACCAAAAGGGCGAGCUCUUCGGUCUGAAUAAUAUGUUCGAAUAUAAGAACCACAAUAUUCUCCUUCGUGACAUCGUCAACAAAACCAACGUCGCCGAAAGCAAAGCUGGCGUCCAGGUCAUGGACAUUGAUAUUGACCUGGACUCCAGUGCUUCUGACUCAACUUCCACCGGCAAAUCCGACGACACCAACGAAGUCAUGAGCCAACUCGCCGCGAUGAUCCGCGGCGAGGGGAACACCGACUCCAAAUCCACCCCCACCACCCCCAUCAACACCAAGCACGACCCCAUCCAAGCCAUCCUAGCCGGCGCAGGGGUCGAAUACACCCACCUCAACAACGAAGUCAUCGGAUCUUCGAAAGUGGAAGAACACCUCAGCCGUCGCGCCCAACUCGCCGACGAGAACAAAAACCUCGACAGGCAAGUGUUUGCAGGAUCGCAAUCUCAAUCCCAGUCCCAGUCUCGCGGCAAGUCAUCCUCCACCACCAACCAACCCAUCAAAUACAAAUUCCAUCCCCCGAAGGGCGUCAUGAAACGGCAAUUCUGCAGCAUGGCGAAACGGUUUGGCUUCCCGAAUGCAACCGAGUUUGCGCUCGUCGUAGAGGGAAUGACCCAGGCACAACGCCGGGCUUGUUUGGAACGGUGGUAUACGGAACGACGGGAGAAACUUUCUACUUUAUAGUAUACCGCAUCGAUCUGGAUCGGACAUUGGUUAUGACAUA